AUGAUCGCAGAAUUGAGAAAACUUCUUCAGUUUGUCGGACCAGGUCUUUUGGUUUCUUGUGCUUAUAUUGAUCCCGGCAACUACUCAACUUCUACAGCUGCCGGUGCACAAUUCGGAUAUAGUCAUCUUUUCAUAGUGCUGCUUUCAAAUUUUUACGCUGUUAUUUUGCAAUGUCUUUGCAUCAAGCUUGGCUCAGUUACUGGCCUAGAUCUCGCAGAAAGUUGUCGUAGGUAUUUGCCAGGGUGGCUUAACGUAAUUAUUUACGGUUUAGCAGAACUUGCCAUCAUUUUCACAGAUUUGGCAGAGGUUGUGGGUACAGCCAUUGCCUUAAACAUCCUUUUUAGUGUGCCGUUAAAAUUUGGCGUUUUCCUCACAAUCCUGGACGUUUUGGUGAUUGUGUUCGCAUACAACCCAGAUGGUAGCAUGCGUCAGAUUAGAAAGUUCGAGCUUUUUGUUUCGUUCUUUGUCUUCAUGACAUUUGUCUGCUUUGUGAUGCUUUUAGACAGAGUCGACAUUUCAACAAAGUCAGAUGUUAUCGAGGGUUUCUUCCCAUCAAAGAUUUUAUUCUCAGACAAGAAAGCAACAUAUUUGGCGUUGGGUAUCAUUGGCGCUACUGUGAUGCCACAUUCGCUUUAUCUAGGCUCGAAUUUGGUCAAACCAAGACUUAAACAAUACGAUCUAAAGCAUGGCUAUUAUAUUCCUCAUACGCCAUCACCGGAUGAAAAUGCUGCUGAUUAUGAGUGGAAUCACACUUAUAAACCAUCACUGCAAUCUAUAGAUUACUGCUUGAACUACUCGUAUGCUGAGCUAAUCAUUAGCCUUUGUGUGAUUGCCGUGUUUAUCAAUUCUGCCAUUUUAAUUGUCUCAGGUGCCUCGCUUUUUGGAAAACCCGGUGCAGUGGAUGCAGAUCUACUCUCCAUCUACGAAAUGCUCAGAGAUUACAUUUCCAAACAGGCUGGUUUAAUAUUUGCAAUUGCUAUGCUUUUCUCCUCCAUCGCCGCUGGUGUUAUAUGUACAAUGUCUGGUAUGAUUGUUGCUGAGGGAGGAAUGCACUGGACAUUAAGCCCAAUUGUGAGGAGACUGAUUACCAGGACUAUUGCUAUUAUUCCAUGCAUGUUCAUGGUUUUAUUCAUGGGAAGAUCUGGCAUUGCUUUAGUCUUGAAUCUGUCUCAGGUCAUAUUAUCUUUGAUCCUUCCAUUCUGUUCUGCACCUUUACUUUACUUUACAGCAAAUCCAAAGAUCAUGCGUGUAGCCGUUCAAGACAUUUCUACGGAUGAAGAAGGUAAUAAACAGAAAAGAGGAGCUCCAGAACAAGAUGGCGUUACAGCAAUCAGCCCUUCCUCCGGUGCUAAUGCAGUUUCUGCAGAGAGUACAAAUCAAAUUCCAUCAGGUAGUAUUUCCACUGAGACUUCACCUCUUAUCCAAAGAACGAAAAGUAAAGAUAAUCUUGGGCCGAUUAAAUACCACGAUUUCAGUAACUCUACGAUUAUGAACAUUUUGGGAAUUACAACAUGGGCCACUAUCAGUUUUUUGAAUGUUUACUUGAUCGUUAUGUAUUUACGUGGAGAAGACGUCCAUUUCUAA